UGUCUGCUCGUGUGUGUGUGAGUAUUUUCACGAACGCGCGGCGGUUCAGCGUGGGCAUCUCCUGUCCUGCAUUCAUCAGUGCCGUGUCAUCUUACUCUCAACAAAGACGACAAUUAGCUACAGAUAUUUUUUCCCUCCCUUUUUGAAAAUACAACCCAAAACGCUUCAGCGAUGGCAGCUCCUGAUUAUAAUUUUUUACUCGCCACGGAUUCAUACAAGAUCACACACUACAAGCAGUAUCCUCCAGACAUCAACAGAGUCUAUUCUUACUUUGAGUGCCGGCGCAAGAAAGGGGCUCAGUUCAACGAAGUGGUGUUUUUCGGCCUGCAGUAUCUCCUGAAGAAAUAUAUCGCAGGAUGCAUCGUCACGGAGGAGAAGAUUCAAGAGGCGAAACUGUUUUACCAGAUGCACUUCAAGCAGACAGUGUUUGACGAAGAAGGCUGGAGGAAACUGUUGGAGAGAUACGACGGCCGCCUUCCGAUCCGCAUCAAAGCCGUCCCCGAGGGGAAGAUCGUUCCCAGAGGGAACGUCCUGUUCACUGUCGAGAACACAGACCCAGACUUCUACUGGCUCACUAAUUACAUUGAGACAAUGCUGGUCCAAAUGUGGUACCCCAUCACCGUGGCAACCAUCUCCCGGGAGUUCAAAAAGAUCCUUGCCAAGCAUCUGAAGGCUACGUCGGGAAGUUUGGAGGGGCUGGAGUUCAAACUGCAUGAUUUCGGCUACAGAGGAGUUUCCUCUCAGGAGUCGGCAGCACUGGGCGGAGCCGCUCACUUGGUGAACUUUUGCAGCACAGACACAGUGGCUGGAAUCCUCAUGGCUCAGCACUACUACAGCUGCCCCAUGGCAGGUUUCUCCAUACCUGCUGCUGAGCACAGCACCAUCAUUUCCUGGGGCCGGAGCAGAGAGAAGGAGGCGUACGAGUACCUGCUGGACCAGUUCCCAUCAGGCCCUGUGGCGGUGGUCAGCGACAGCUAUGACAUCUUCAAGGCCUGCAAGCACAUCUGGGGAGACAAGCUGAAGGACAGAGUGAUGGAACGCAGCGAAGACUCCGUCCUCGUCAUCCGGCCCGACUCGGGAGACCCCACAGAGACGCUGCUGGAGGUGAUAAAGAUUUUAGAGGAGUGUUUUAGCUCUUCUUUGAACUCUGUAGGUUAUAAAGUGCUUCCUUCAUGCUUGCGCAUCAUUCAGGGUGACGGGAUCGAUCUCUGCUCAGUCGAGAAGAUCCUGAAGAAGCUCAGCGACGAGGGCUGGAGCGCGGAGAACGUGUUCUUCGGCUGUGGAAGCGCCCUGCUGCAGAAGAUCAACAGAGACACGUUAAACUGUGCGUUUAAAUGCAGCUACGUAGAGAGUAGCGGGAAGGGGAUGGACGUGUAUAAGCAGCCGGUGACGGACCCGUCUAAAGGAUCGAAGCGCGGCCGUCUGUCUCUGAGGAGAAACUCGGAUGGGUUUAUCGAGACGGUGGAACAGGGCGCAGGCAAACCGGAGGAGGACAUGCUUGUGACGGUGUUUGAGAACGGGACCAUCCUGAAAGAGUACUCUCUGGACGAGAUCCGGAAGAACGCCCGGCUCUGGGAGGAGGACCUGAACCAAGCGCAGCACAAUCAGGACCACAGCAGCACGCUGGACAUCCACCAGAAUCACAUCAUGAACGGCUUGCACUAAUCACGACUCCGCCCACCGACCCACCCACCAACGGACCAAUCGAUCCCCUCCUUCGCAUCAAACUCCACACUUCUCCCUCGUAAUGCUCCACCUCAUUCCCAGUACACCUCUGUCCAGACAGCAAGCGCAAACACCGUUCUUCCUUCAUGGACUGAUGGAUCACAGUAACGUUCAAUUUUUUUCGAUCGCAGUGGUGUUAAAUCAGGUUUUAGAUUUCUCUUCUCUUUCUUUAAAGUCUACCAAAAUCGAGAAAAGACAUUUCGUAUUGAUAUUGAAGGACUGUGCAGUGGUGGAAAGAACCUCUGGAAACUUCAGUAAGUUACGACGUACAGUUGGUAAGAAUUAGCGCAAAAUUAUGAAGGGUUUUUUUUUUUUUUUAAUAGUGGAGGUGCUUAUAAAGUGUAAAUAGAUCAGUUUAAUCAAAUAAUUCUGUCAUUUAAAAUCUAACGUCUCAUAUCUGCUUUCCACCACUGUCUCAUUUUAUCAAAAUGCCAAAUAUUGAUAUUGGUGCUUAGCAAAGACGCAUCAUUGCUGUGUUACCGGCAGGGUAUUUUUAUUUUAUUUUAUUUUUUUCCUUUUACUUCCUUUUCAAUUUUCCCUCCUCGGAUUUUCACAUGGUUUUAUUGAAGAAGUGCUUCACAGAAAGGAAGAAUAUCAGGUGGCCUGAAUCUUUUCCAGGUCAGAAAUGAUUUCCUUUCCGCGGAUUUUUAAAAACGAAUAAGCCAGUCAGUACAGCCUAUGCACCUCGGAUAGGAGUGUUUAUGAAAUUUGGAUAUGUAAAAAAAAAAAAAGGUGCACAUUUGCAUCAUUUGUAAUCAGAUUUGUUCUUCCGUCAGUGCUCGUCAAACGAUCGUUAUUACUGCAGGAGCAACUCGCAGGAACGUGGGCUUGAUGAAACCAAAUGCGCGUGCGGUUUUGUGUUUCACUUGGUUGGAUUUCAUUAUGGGUUUAGAAGAAUCAGACGUGGCCGUGCGCACCAAAUCAGCUGCACGGAAAGUGCCACACGUUUGAUAAGGUCACAUGACAUGAUCUGGAAUGAUAUGCGUAUUAUGAAGACUUUUUGGUAAGGUUGUAAUGCAUUUAUAAGGCGAAAUACAUACUGUGUUUUUAUGAAAAUGCAGUUUAUAGCAGGUUAUAUUUUGAAUACUUUUGUCUUCGUGAGUUACACUACCUACCGUUCAAAAGUUUGGGGUCACUUUGAAAUUUCUUUAUUUUUGAAAGAAAAGCACUGUUCUUUUCAAUGAAGAUCACUUUAAACUAAUCAGAAAUCCACUCUAUACAUUGCUAAUGUGGUAAAUGACUAUUCUAGCUGCAAAUGUCUGGUUUUUGGUGCAAUAUCUCCAUAGGUGUAUAGAGGCCCAUUUCCAGCAACUCUCACUCCAGUGUUCUAAUGGUACAAUGUGUUUGCUCAUUGCCUCAGAAGGCUAAUGGAUGAUUAGAAAACCCUUGUACAAUCAUGUUAGCACAGCUGAAAACAGUUGAGCUCUUUAGAGAAGCUAUAAAACUGACCUUCCUUUGAGCAGAUUGAGUUUCUGGAGCAUCACAUUUGUGGGGUCGAUUAAAUGCUCAAAAUGGCCAGAAAAAUGUCUCGACUAUAUUUUCUAUUCAUUUUACAACUUAUGGUGGUAAAUAAAAGUGUGACUUUUCAUGGAAAACACAAAAUUGUCUGGGUGACCCGAAACUUUUGAACGGUAGUGAACGUUUUCAACUGGAACUGGAAUUACUGAUGGAGAUAAAACACUAAAUAGUAAUAGACAGUCUUUUAAACUGUACGUCCUUUUCACAGUUCAUGGUGCAUAAUGAGCUGCGUGAUCCAUUUUCAGGAAUAAUUGUUUUUAAACACCGUGUAUAAUGCCUUAUGAAUACAUUAGGACAUGUUAUGAACAUGUUUUUUAUAUAUGUGGCCUUCAUAGAGUGUGUUGCUGGACCUUCUUCCUCACAGUAACUCAGUGAAACUGAGAAUGGUGUGUGUGUGUGUGUGUGUGUGUGUGUGUGUGUGUGUGUGUGUGUGUGUGUGUGUUUCCAUUUCCCGUGACAUAAAGCUGAGUGAAUCAAGGCAUGAAGAUGCUCACACUGCCUUAACACCCACUCAGACACCAGUGCUCUUUUUUUUUUUUUUGCACUCUCCGUCUCUCACCCUCUUUGUCUCUCUCCAGCAUUUCAACCCUGUCCUUGUCUCACAUGAGUGACUGCUUUUAUUUCUUAUCAAGUCCUUCUUCUUGUCAGUUUUUUUAUAAUUCGUGUGUCUUGUCUGGUGGGAACGGCACAUUUUUCUUCGUUGAUUCUAAACAUUGGAAAUGAAGCAGAUAUUGACCCUACCUCCUUUUUUUUUUUUAAAUAAAUAUGCCACAAUAAUGCUGUUUAGAAAUAUAAAGCAAUGCUAAUUACACUAAAAUGAUGUGUAUUAUGCUGUUUGUGUAAAUAAUUUUUUUUUUUUUUUUUAAAUUGUAGUGGUAAUGUUUUCAGCUUGUAACCCUUUUUCUCGCAUUUCUUUUUCAAUUUGUUUUUACAAAAGUGAUAUUUAGUAUGAAUAAUUCCAAAUAAUAAAUGCCUUCGGUUUCCAA